GAAACCUCAGAACAACAGCUCUCGAGUCUUCUUUCGUGCCCUGCUGCGCCCUGCCUGCAAAAUAAGAACUCUUAGACCACCCUUUACUGUACAGGUAAGCGACCUCAGACCAUAAAAGAGGUCGCCGCCUGUCACAGUUUGGCGUCCCUGGGUGGGCACGAAAGGUGGGCUCACGAAGUGAGCGACAAGCAGGUGUGAAGAGGGCCAGCACGAAGAGGGCGAGAGCGCAGUGAGCUGGAGGUGGCUUCACAAAGGUGAGCACCGUCGACAGAAGAUAUCCCAGAGGCAGAGAAAGCUGCAGGGAAGAGAUUUUGACCUUCGCUGAGAGGAAGACAGCUCCAAGCCAGAAUCGGAAGGGAGGAAACCCGGGACUCCUCUCCUGUGAUCUGCUGGCCAGAGACCAGGAAAAACCAUCCGGUUCGACUUAGAGGACUUGCUUUUGGUAAGACAGGUCAAAAUUCAGAACAUGGGGGGUGGAUUCAGCCAGGAACAAAUCAAUCUCCUAGCUACCUUAAAAGGGGAGAUGUCAGCUCAUCCCAUGCCCAUCCCAGAUAAGGAACUUAAAAAUCUGCUUUUAUGGGUGAAGCUCAAGUUUCCAAGUGCCGAGGCGGAUUUAUUAUUCGAGCCAAAUUUUUGGGAACAGAUCAAUAGAUCUUUGUACCACUUAGCGACUCAGAGAGAUAAAGAGGCGUUAGAGCUCUUGUCUCCGGCACGGGUGAUGCUGGAAGUUAUUUCGCACAGAAGUGCAAAUUUACAGAGUUGCCGGAGGGCGAUUCUGGGUCCCUCGGGAGCAGAGGGAGGAUCCCACUCUAGCCAGCAGCUGGGGGAGGGAGAUCUUUUGCCGUCUGGCCAUCAGCCAGCGGAGGAAUCUUGCUAUCAGCAAGGGGCUUCAGAUAUAGAUGAAGGACCCGAAGAAGGUCAAGGUGUAUCCCUAGAAACUCCAGGACCCCCAAGAAUACCUAGAACACCCCAUCCCAGGAAAGGAAAGCUUAAGCUAGAAAUUUUUCCGAGUGAAUUGGAGGAUUUAGAUUUCUGUUUUUACAGCCUCUCGGACACCUUGUCCCCAGAGCGCGGGGGGGCGGUACAAGCACCUCUAGGGGGGACGGGUGGGGCAGAGGCGGAGACGGGAAAGUCAAAAACUACCGCGGACACAGCGGGGAAAAGCGCGGAUCCGGUGCGCGCAGUCGCGGGGAUAGGCGGGACUCAGCCAAUCGCGGCGGCGGCCGGGACGCGCGGGACGGGCGGGGCGGCCGGGGUACGCGGGCCAGCCUCGACCCCAGGCACGGGGAGGGCUGCGCUGACCUCCAGCCCGGGAGUGGGCGGGGCGGCGAGCUCCAUGCCGAUCGCGGGAACGUCGGACGCGGCAUGCGCGACACACAAGCACUCAUCUGGGACGGCAGAUGGAGAAGGGCACUGCAGGAGCUGAGAACAAAGUAUCAAGGUGGGCCAAAUGCAGCUCUCACCUUGGCGCAGCUAGCAGGUGAUCCACCGGAGGAUGACCCAGCUCAGCAAGCGGCGAGACUUCCACGUGACGUGUUGAGAGACAUCAAAGAAGCUGCACGUAAUCAAUUCAUGAAGAUAUAAAACAGUUACAAGAAGGUGUGACCAAACUUGGAGAAGUCACUGGACCGUUGUUGGAUGGUGUGUUUGAUUUCUUUAGCUUUUCACCGUUGUGGAGAGAACUUUUAAGGAUAGGAUUAUAUGUAUUAGUAGGACUCGUAAUUCUGUUGUUUGUUUUGCCAUGCGUUAUUCAAUGCAUACGGCGGGCUAUAGACAGGGCAACUAAAGAGGUUCUUUUAGUGCAAACAGAGGGGGGAGAUGUGGGAACCCAGGGUAUUCCCCUGGCUUCCCUGGAGCCUGUACAGGGGGCUCAGAAGCCUUGGCAAGGUGCCAAAAAUCUCUGUGAG